ACCAUGCAAAUUGUAUUUUCCUUCGGUACAAAAACUGGUUGGAUCUUCACAAGCUGUGAUAGGUAGAUACGAAAUGUAUCAUUAUUGUGAAAGGGCACUACAAUCACUUGGUGUGAGAAAGGAAAGAGAUGUAGAAUUGGAAACCCUAAAACAUCAACUUAUUGAAAUAACAAAGGUUCCAGAAAGAGCGCAAAACAAAGAUGUUGAAGAAAUUUGCUAUGAAAUAUAUAGGGUUUUUGCACAACGAAUAUCGGAAACAGGCGUAAAAGAUUUCAUUCAGACAAAUUUUUCAGAUCUUUGUUGUAUCAUUACUGAAAAAAAAUUCGCAUUUCCAAAACAAGUCAUCUUCUCUUUGAAACAUGAUUGCAGUCCUCACUUUUAUGGUUUAAGACCAAAGGAUGCCGAUCGCUUUUCUUCUUUGCUGGAACUCUUUGGUGUUCGGGAAUCAUUUGAUUCGGAGGAUAUUAUUCACGUUUUGUUCACAAUGAAGGAACAUUAUGGUGAUACGAGAAUGUCUAAAGAGGAUUUGGGCUUAGUUUGUAGGAUUGCAAUGUUAUUGGAAAAUUGUGAUUACAUUUCAAAAGAAAACCUGUACCUUCCAGAUUCAAAUGGUUUCUUUUGUCAUGUAAAUGAUUUGUGCAUUGAUGAUUUUGACUGGAUUACAAGAACCUCAUCAAUGAGAUUUUUAAAUAUCGAUUUACCACUUAAAUUGGCAAAGGUGAUAGGAAUUAAAUCCAAAAGAGACCACAGCAUUUUGAUGGAUUCUGAAGAGCUUGGUGACGAAUUCGGGCAACACGAAGAACUUACAACUCGAAUAAAACGGAUUUUGGACGGAUAUCCACAGGCUUGUAUAUUGAAGGAACUUCUUCAAAAUGUGAGAUGCUGGUGGUCAGAGCUCCAUUUCAUCAAAGAUUUUAGAUCACAUG